UCCCUUUGUGCGCACGGUAGAAGCCGGAAGUAGGUUACAAGAAAAAGCUCCAGCAAAACAAAAACACAUUGAAGCAAAAUAAUCUAAAUUCAUAGUGACUCAAAAAUGAACAGUCAAAACCCAAAGGCAAUGAGUAACGAUUCACGCUGCGUAUUUUUUAAUACAGAUUCAGAAGACUAUCGAUGCGUGGUGAUUUUAACAGUAAAACGAGCCACAGGAACAUUCUCCUUAGUAGGAUGCAUUUUCAUGCUGUUUGUGAUCUGGCUGCUUCGCAGGUAUCACUCUUUGGCUCAGAAGAUGAUUCUCAGCCUGACUGUAGCUGCCUUCUUUGAUAGCGUAGGAUAUGUUAUGGGUGAUUCGCAUCCAGAGGGAUCGCUUUGUGACUUCCAGGCCUGCUGGCUAACUUACUUUGACUGGAGUGCCUUGGCCUGGGUUUGCCUCAUCACAGUGAACCUGUACCUCAACCUGGUCCGAGAAAUCAGCACCAACAGAUAUGAGAUGUCGUACCAUCUGAUGGCGUGGGGGGUGCCUCUGGUCAUGGCCUCUUUGCCACUGCUAAAGGGUUACUAUGGACCCGCAGGAGCCUGGUGGGUAGUUAAAAGCUGGAUCACAGACGAUCACGUAGCCUGGAGAUUUGGGAUAUGGUACGUGCCUCUGUUCAGCCUCAUCUUCCUGAUGAUCUGCUGCUACGCCAGGAUAAUCUGCGUGGCCAAUGCGAGGAUGCAAUCAUGGUUGGGAACCUUCAACCCAGAGAGAGAGAGACAGAAAGGCUCCAUAAUGCCUUCUACCCACAGGAUCCAUCCUUCUCGCUCACUCUGUUGCACGUCCUGUCAGCACCACUCCACGGCUUGGCCAAUGCCUUUGUUUUUGGUCUGGAUAGGGAUUGGUGGAGCCUACUGAGCCCUACUGGCAUGCAGCUGGCUCUGCAGUCACGGCUGUGUGACAGGACAAGGAUCGGAGAGUACCACCCGGGGGCGGUGCGCUACACACAGGCUGACCUGGUC